AUGUACUGGAAGACCUUCGUCACUCUUUGCGUUCUCGCUGUUGCCAGCGCCAGCCCGAUCGAAAGGAGGCAGCGCCCAAGCGGUUCUGUUCCUUCUGAACCUCGCCCCACGUUCAGUGCUCCUGCAAGUUUGUCGUUCCCUCCGCCCCCACCCGGAGGCUCGUUUUCGCGUCCUCCAAGGCCGUCUUUCACUGGAUCACUCCCACCGCCUCAUGAGAAACGUGAGAAGCCUAGCGCAUCCUUUGUGCCUCAUCCUCCUCACGAGUCCAAGCCCCCUCAUGAGCAUCCGUCUGGCAGCUUCGUUCCCCCAUCCCCUCCAAGUGGUACGCCGCCAGUCCACUCUAAGCGCGAGGAAAAGCCUAGCGGAUCCGUUCGCCCACCUAGGCCCUCCGGAAUCAAGCCUCCUCAUGGACACCCCUCUGGAAGUUUCGUCCCACCGCCUCCACCGAGUGGUACUCCUCCUGCCCAUUCUAAGCGUGAGGAGAAGCCGAGUGGCUCACCUUUGCCGCCACCACCCAAGCCGUCUGGCUCAAAGCCUCCUCAUGGCCACCCUUCAGGCAGCCUUGUACCUCCUCCUCCACCUAGGGGCACUCCUCCAGCACAUUCCAAGCGCGAAGAGAAGCCAAGUGGAUCUCCUCCGCCACCCAAGCCAUCUGGCUCGAAGCCUCCUCACGGUCACCCAUCCGGAAGCUUCGUGCCUCCUCCCCCUCCAAGUGGCACGCCUCCUGCACACUCUGGUGCUCCUCCGUCUUUCAGCCGCCCCGCUCCUCCUAAAUCAGCUUGA